UUGUUGAGCUGUCAGUCAUUCCUAACAUGUUUUACUUUUAUUCUACAAUCUACAUAGCGAAUACAAAAUAUAAAUAUGUCGAAUAUUAUUAAAUUCGAUUUAAAGGAGCUUAGAAAAUUAGCCAAUGAUAAAAAUUCAUGUGUGGUGGAAAAGAAAGUCACCCAAAACCUAGCGUUACAACCUUGGUGUCUUGGUAAUCUUAAAGAUUCUAUAAAUAAUUUACUUGAUUAUAAAAUAGGAAAAUUUGAUAAAGAAUUCAAUGGAAUUCUUUUGAGCUACAAAAAUCUUCAAGUUUUACAAAAUGUAGGUGCAAUACGGAAUGACAAUGCAGAUGUACACUUCCAAGUUCAGGCAGAUUACUUCAUAUUUCAACCCCAUGUGGGUGCAACAUUAAAAGGAAUUGUUAAUAAAAAGAGCUUUACACACCUUGGUAUCCUUGUCCACAGAGUAUUUAAUGUAGUAAUCCCAAGACCCACCGAAGAGCCUGAUGAUUGGAUAGGAUCAACAGUUGAAGAAGGCCAAGAAGUAAUGUUCCAAAUUGUUGUACUAGAUUUAUAUGGAGCCUUGCCAUAUAUCAGAGGAAAAUUGGACAAGCGGUGGUUGAAUAUUGAGGCUGAUGGAGCUGACGAAACAAUAGAAAUGAAAUCAACGAGAUCAAUCAACGUAACAUAUGUGAAUUUUGACAAAACAAAACCAACCCAAAAGCACAACAAUGAAUUGACACCUUCUACAUCGAAAACGAAUAUGAGUUCCACUAAUAUAGCAAAGAAUUCUUGCAAUGGUCAGCCUAUUAAUCUUGAUUGUGAAAAUUUUCCUGAGAAAAUUAAGAAAAAAAGACGAAGUAAAGUACUAGAGUCUGAACCAAAACAAGCAGACAUAAUUCCUAAGGUCUCAAAAAAACACAAAAAAAAUGGAUGAUCAUUAUAAUAUACUUUAUAAAAAAUUUAAAUACCUAGGUACUUACCU